CAGGAAGUAUUUUAAUACAUGGAACCCGCCAUAUUGUAUCGUAAAGCUUUGUAGUUUAACAAUGAGAUAUUAGCAAUAAGGUUAAGUUCUCCAUGUAGUUUCUAGAUUUCCUUAACUAUGGACAACCCUUAUAGCACAAAGGAUGUUGCACCUUGCUCCCUGUGUCAAAUACCUGAGGCCUCCAUGUACUGUGAGGUUUGUCAUAUACAUCUGUGUAAAGCCUGUAAAGGGGAGCACUUAUCUGAUUCCUCCAAAGAACAUCGCGUGGUGCCAGUUAAGCAAUGCCGGACUACACUGAAUUAUCCUUUGUGUAGGAAACACCCAAUCUACAAGUGUAGACAUCAUUGUGAACAAUGUGACACUGCUAUUUGUAAAAAAUGUAUUCGCAAACAUUCAGGACAUAAACUUGUUGAAAUAUUGCAAAACUCUGAAGACAAAGAAGAAGGCUUACAAACAGAGCUGCAAGAAUCAGAGAAGUCCAUUCAUCCAAAAUACGAAGAGAUUGCAUCUAACAUCUCAGUGCAGAUAGAUGAUCUUAUUAAAAACUCCAAGAUACUGAAAACAGCCAUCAAGCAACAAGGAAAAGUCUGGCAAAAAGAAAUAGAGGCCAUUAUCACAAACCUGAAAACUGACGUGGGGGGAAAUGAAUCCAGGCACAUAGUAAUCCUAAAUAAACAAGAAGAUGAAAUAAUACGCACUAUAUCUGAAAUCACACAGAUCAUUGCUGAUCUGAUGAAAUUACUGGACUUCAAAGACGACAGCAAAUCCAGGAAUGCAGAACUCAGAAAACGGCCUCCUGAUCCUAAACUGUCUUUAUCAAACUUAAAACCUCAGGAAAUCGACAAAGAUCAGCUGAUUGACCAGUCCAGCUCUCAGUCAGAACAAGACAACAACGUGCCGACUCAGGGAGCCGAGUCCUCUCCCACAGACCGGUCACUGCUGGAUGUACCCCGUAUCAUCACAGCUAUAGACACAGGGUACGAAUAUCAAUACGGUGUGGCUUGUCUAAAUGAUACAGAAAUAUUGACGCAUGGUAAUAACAAUAUAAUAAAACUAUACAACCUCCAUGGGGAACUUGUGAGGUCCAUCCAAACCGAGUCAAGGAACCAUCCAAGUGACAUAGCAGUGACAAGGAACGGGGAUAUCGUUUAUACUGAUUAUAAAAACGGAACUGUAAACAUUGUAAAGGAUACACGGAUAGAGACAGUGAUUAGACUAGAAAGGUGGAAACCUCUCAAUGUCUGUAGUACCUACUCUGGUGACCUCCUGGUUGUCAUGAACAGUGAUGAUGAUAAACAUACAAAAGUUGUGCGUUACUCUGGUUCCACAGAAAAACAAACAAUUCAGUACGACAGACGCAAAAGUCGACCUCUCUAUUCAUCUGGUGGAUUAUUUAGCACUAAAUACAUAUGUGAGAACAGGAACCUUGAUAUCUGUGUGUCAGACCGUGAAGCCAAUGCAGUAGUGGUGGUCAAUCAGGCCGGGAAACUCCGGUUUACCUACACUGGUCCUCCCUCUACUCCCAAAGAAUCGUUUAGUCCACUUGGCAUCACUACAGACAGCCAGAGUCGGAUCAUGAUAGCAGACUGGGACAACGACUGUAUCCACAUCCUGGAUCAGGACGGACAGUUCAUCCGCUACAUUGACAACUGUCAUGUACUCGGUCCAUCGGGUUUAUGUGUAGACAGCAGAGACAACCUCUUUGUGGCUGAUGACGCAUCUAAAGUAAAGAAAAUCCAAUAUUACAUGUAAAAUAAUUAACUUUAUAUAUCAAACGUAAAAAGUGUAAGGAAGAACUUUUCUUGAUAUCUUAAAGAUAUGUGUUGUUAAAGUUGUCCUUUACAAUGAUCUUUAUUAUUUAUUUUGUGUGAAUCUGUGUGUGAAUGGUCUUUAACAAAAUCAUGGACGGUAGCUCUUAAAUACGAAAGAGUAGGUUGAGGUUCACACUUUCUUUGUAUACUAAGUAUAUAUUGGUACUAUAAUUUAUUUUCAGUCGGAUAUCAUACAAAAUAGGUUUACAAUGAUGUGUAUAAUUUGAUUUAUAAUCACGUACUGUAUACAGGGUUAUUUUCGCCCCGUGUAAUUUUCGCCCUUUUACACUUGCAAACGGUUUCGUCCCGUCUUGAACUCGUCCAGACAAAGUUGUGUUCAAUAAGGGAUAAUUUAAGACAUUGGAAUUAGCACACUACAACGAGGGCGAAAGGGG